ACUCGUUGCAGCAUCGUUAUUCACUAAGAGAGCGUGUCUGGUUAUGACUCACAAAGAAUAACAAAUUCAGUCACGGGAGGAGCCGGGCGAGUUUGUGCAGCUCAGAAAUGAACGGUAUCGCGUUCUGCUGUUAAAAAAACAAAUCGCUAACGGCAAACAGUCCUUUGCUCUGUCACACUUUCAAUAAGAGUCAUGGCGUGUGGCGGGUUCAUGUCCGCUCCGGUGUGUCUUAUUGAAAAUGAUGAAAAUGGGAAGCUGUGUGUUAAGAAACAGGCGAAAGACAUUCUGGAUGGGAUCAAGGAGCCGGUGGUUGUGGUGUCUGUAGUGGGACUCUACCGUACGGGGAAGUCCUAUAUUAUGAACCGCCUGGCAGGACAACAGUCCGGUUUUGCUCUUGGCAGCACUAUUGAGUCAAAGACCAAAGGCAUCUGGAUGUGGUGUGUCCCUCACCCCAGUAAAAAAGGACAUACUCUGGUGCUGCUGGACACAGAGGGACUUGGUGACGUGGAGAAGGGGGAUGAGAAACAUGACACGUGGAUCUUCUGUCUGGCUGUUCUUCUCAGCAGCACUCUAGUGUACAACAGCUCUGGGGUCAUUGACAACAUGGCACUGGAAAAGCUGCACUACGUUACAGAGCUGACGGAGAACAUUCGUGUGAAGGCAGAAGCAAGUCAAGAUGAGGACCAGUCGGCAGAUUUCAUGCGUGUUUUCCCAUCAUUUGUCUGGGCUGUUCGUGACUUCACUCUGGAACUGAAAAAGGGUGAUGACCAAAUAACAUCAGAUGAGUAUCUGGAGAGUGCAUUGAAACUCAAAACAGGUAGCUCAGCUCAGACUGAGCGGUAUAACCUGCCCCGCCGCUGUCUGCGUCAUUUCUUUGCGGUGAGAAAGUGCUUUGUGUUCCCUCGGCCGGCUAGUACACAAAACAUGAGAAGAAUGGAGGAACUGGAAGAGAACGAUCUGGAUCCAGAGUUCCUUGAGCAGGCAAAAUCUUUUUGCCGUUACAUUUACGACAAUGCAGAGCCAAAAAUCAUCAGCGGAGGCCGUAUUAUUACUGGAACAGCCCUGGGGAAUCUUGCUGAGGUUUACAUAGAGGCGAUCCGCAGCGGGAAGGUUCCAUGUCUGGAGAACGCAGUCGUGUCUCUGGCUAAGAUCCAGAAUGUCCGUGCAGUGGAACAGGCUCUGGAGUUCUACAUGACCGAGAUGCUCAGCAUGGCUCAGCUUCCUAUGGACCCUGAAGAUCUGUCCAACAUCCACACAGUCGCAGAAAAGAAGGCCACUGAAGUUUUCAUCACCAUGUCCUUCAAUGACAAUGACCAGAUCUACCAACAAGAGCUCAUGGGGAAGAUUCAUAAUGAAUAUCAAGACAUGUGCCAGCAGAAUCAUGAAGCGUCUCUCAUGCAGUGUGAGGAGGUUUUGCGUGAGGUGUUCGAUACACUGGAAAAAGGCAUUUCUGAUGGAUUAUACCUGAAAACUGGAGGAUACCGACAGUACAGAGACAUGCUUAGACAGCUGGCUGAGGAGUACAGAGCAAAAACACAGUCACACAUAAUGUGCGAGGAAGUGUUGAGUAUGUAUUUGAAAGCAAAGGAAGAUGUUGGAAAUAUGAUUCUACAAGCUGACCAAUCUCUCAGUGCGGCGGAACAGGAAAAAGAGGUGCAGAGAUUAAAGAAUGAAAUCCUAGAGCAGCGACAAAGAGGCCUAGAGGAACAGAACCGGUUACAGGAGCAGGCCUUUCAAGACAUGCAGAGAACCCAUGAUGAGCAUGUGAAUCAGAUCAUUCAUCAGAUGGAGAGAGAGCACGAGAGAAUGAGGAGAGACAAUGAACGAGUCCUGGAAGCCAAACUGAGGGAGAAGGAAACUCUUCUAGAGCAGGGCUUCCAGAAGGAGGCUGCCCGGAUGCAGAGCGAGAUUGACAGCCUGAAAACAGACAUGAAUAAACAGGAGACGUCCCAACCCUCCACAACGAGCAAGGUUAUGGAUAUAGUCGGCACUGCGGCAAGUUUGUUCUUGCCAGGCUUUGUCCCAAAAGUAGCUGGUUUUGGUCUGUCCUUGCUCUCAAAACGGUUUUGAAAAUGGAUUUACAUUAUUCACACACACUCACCUAGACAUAGGCUAUAUAUAUAUUAUUCUCCAUCACAGUUUGAAUUGUCCAGCAGCUACUUGUCAUUGCUUGUGAAAUUGAGUUGCUGUUCUGUUGUGAUGCCAUUCGUGUUUAAAGGCCAGCUUAUUAACUGCCAAGUUUGCACCAACAUUUGUUAUGAACUAUAAACAAAGCUGUGCUAUCAGAGAGAUGGAAAACUUUUCCAUGUAAUUUCAAACUGAUUCACGUAAUCUGUGAAUCCUGACGUAAAUCUUCCUGGGAACCUUCCAACUUGUAGGCCGAUAUUUGACCAUAUUGAGAUUAUGAUUAUCUUUGCCCAGUUGGCAGAUUAACAAGUCUUGUCUGUGGACAAUAGAAUGGUACUUUGUGUUUAAAGUUUUAGUUAACAGACCAAAUAUUCUUAAACAGACUUAUAGUGUAUUCACUUUUUUUGUUUUUUGUUUGCUUGUAAUCAGACAGAAAAACUGUUUAUUUUGACAUCUCUAUAGGCUGAAAGUGGUCUGUGAAAUAUAAUAAAAUGUUUAAUUUGA